GCGCGUGCGCGGCGGCCGCGCGGUUUGGCCCUGGGCGGGCGCCGUAGCUGAGAGCUGGGCGGAUGUUGUGAGCCGGGGCGCCGCGGCCGAGGCUGGGGCCCCCAGGACCACUGGCUGCCCACAAGAGAUGAAAGAUGGCAUCGAAGGGGGCCGGCAUGGCUUUCUCCCGUAAAAGCUACAGGCUGACCUCAGAUGCUGAGAAGUCCAGGGUCACAGGCAUCGUGCCCGAGAAGCUACUGAAUGACUACCUGCACCGCAUCUUUUCCUCUCCUGAUCACGCACCCACGGCAGCAACCAGCAGGAAACCCCUGAACUUCCAGGACCUGCCAGAGCAUCUGGACCAGUUGUUACAUGUGGAUGAGGAGGAGGAGGAGGAGGGCCAGGGAGAGGUUGAAGGGCGGCUUGGCCCAUCCACUGUGGUCCUGGACCACACAGGUGGCUUCGAGGGGCUUCUUCUGGUGGAUGAUGACCUCUUGGGGGUGAUUGGACACAGCAACUUUGGUACUAUCCGCUCCACCACGUGCGUGUACAAAGGAAAGUGGGUCUACGAGGUGCUCAUCUCCUCCCAGGGGCUCAUGCAGAUCGGCUGGUGCACCAUCAACUGCCGCUUCAACCAGGAGGAGGGGGUUGGAGAUACACAUAACUCCUAUGCCUACGACGGCAACCGCGUACGCAAGUGGAAUGUGACCACGACAAACUACGGGAAGGCGUGGGCAGCGGGGGACAUUGUGAGCUGCCUGAUCGACCUGGACGAAGGCACUCUGUCCUUCUGCCUGAAUGGUGUGUCACUGGGCACUGCCUUUGAGAACUUAUCCAGGGGCCUGGGCAUGGCCUACUUCCCAGCCAUCAGCCUCUCCUUCAAGGAGUCUGUGGCCUUCAACUUUGGCAGCCGUCCCCUGCGCUACCCAGUGGUGGGCUACCGGCCCCUGCAGGACCCGCCGAGUGCCGACCUGGUUCGGGCACAGAAGUUGCUGGGCUGCUUCCGGGCAGUGCUCAGCGUGGAGCUGGACCCCGUGGAAGGGCGGCUGGUGGAGAAGGAAAGCUCGGAGUGGCAGUUGCAGGGCCAGCCCACCAUCCUCCUCACUCUGGCCCACAUCUUCCAUCGCUUCGCACCGCUCCUGUGCAAGGUGUACCUGGUGGAGGCCGUGCUCGUGAGCUUCCUGCUGGGUGUCGUGGAGGUGGGCACCCCUGCACAGGCGCAGUCCGUGGUGCACCAGGUCCUGGACCUCCUGUGGCUCUUCAUGGAGGACUACGAAGUGCACGACUGCCUCAAGCAGUUGACGAUGUCCCUGCUGCGGCUGUACCGCUUCUCACCCAUCGUCCCCGACCUGGGCCUGCAGAUCCGCUACCUGCGGCUCACCAUCGCCAUCCUCAGUCAUGAGAAGUCCCGCAAGUUUCUGCUUAGCAACGUCCUCUUCGACGUGCUCCGGUCCGUUGUCUUCUUUUACAUCAAGAGUCCCCUGCGAGUGGAGGAGGCUGGCCUAGAGGAGCUCAUCCCCACCACGUGGUGGCCCCGCCGCUGCAGCAGGGAGGGCAAAGAAAGCAAGGACGUGAAGGAUGAGACUUCUGAGGAGCGGCUCCGGCGGCGCGCCUAUGAACGGGGCUGCCAAAGGCUCAAGAAGCGCAUCGAAGUGGUGGAAGAACUGCAGGUCCAGAUCCUGAAGCUGUUGUUGAACAAUCAAGAUGACAAUGGGGGUGAAGCUUCCAGAUACAUCUUCCUCACCAAGUUCCGAAAGUUUCUGCAGGAGAAUGCCAGCGGCCGGGGGAACAUGCCCAUGCUCUGCCCGCCCGAGUACAUGGUCUGCUUCUUACACCGCUUGAUCUCGGCCCUGCGCUACUACUGGGACGAAUACAAGGCUUCGAACCCGUGCGCUUCCUUCAGUGAAGAGGCCUACAUCCCGCCCCAGAUCUUCUAUAAUGGCAAGGUGGACUACUUCGACCUGCAGCGCCUUGGAGGCCUCCUCUCGCACCUUCGGAAGACCCUCAAAGAUGACCUUGCCUCUAAGGCCAACAUCCUGAUCGACCCCCUGGAGCUCCAGGCGGCCACCAUGGAUGACCUGGACGAGGACGAGGAGCCGGCCCCGGCUGCGGCCCAGCGCCCCAUGCAGGCCCUGGCCAUGGGGGGCGCGCUGCCCCUGCCUCGGCCUGGCUGGCUCAGUUCUCCAACCCUGGGCCGAGCCAACCGCUUCCUCAGCACAGCAGCUGUGAGCCUGAUGACCCCACGGCGGCCUCUGAGCACCUCGGAGAAAGUGAAGGUCCGCACGCUGAGCGCAGAGCAGAGGACCCGUGAGGACAUUGAGGGUAGCCACUGGAAUGAGGGCCUGCUGGUGGGGCGGCCGCCCGAGGAGCCGGAGCAGCCCCUCACCGAGAACUCCUUGCUGGAAGUCCUGGACGGGGCCAUCAUGAUGUAUAAUCUCAGCGUUCACCAGCAGCUGGGCAAGAUGGUGGGAGUGUCCGAUGAUGUCAGUGAGUACGCGAUGGCGCUGAGGGACACCGAGGACAAGCUCCGCCGGUGCCCCAAGUGGAGGAAGGACAUCCUUGCGGAGUUGACGAAGAGCCAGAAGGUUUUCUCAGAAAAGCUGGAUCACCUAAGUCGCCGUCUUGCCUGGGUCCACGCCACUGUCUACUCCCAGGAGAAGAUGCAGGACAUCUACUGGCUGCUGCGCGUCUGCCUGCGAACCAUUGAGCAUGGCGACCGCACAGGUCCUCUCUUUGCCUUCAUGCCCGAGUUCUACCUGAGUGUGGCCAUCAACAGCUACAGUGCUCUCAAGAAUUACUUUGGCCCCGUGCACAGCAUGGAGGAGCUCCAAGGCUAUGAAGAGACUCUGACCCGUCUGGCCGCCAUCCUUGCCAAACACUUCGCCGACACACGCAUCGUGGGCACUGACAUCCGUGACUCGCUGAUGCAGGCGCUGGCCAGCUACGUGUGCUACCCAAACUCCCUGCGGGCUGUGGAGCGGAUCCCUGAGGAGCAGCGCAUCGCCAUGGUGAGGAGCCUCCUGGCUCCCUAUGAGCAGCGGCCUUGGGCCCAGACCAACUGGAUCCUGGUGCGGCUCUGGAGGGGCUGUGGAUUCGGGUACCGCUAUACACGGCUGCCACACCUGCUGAAAACCAAACCUGAGGAUGCCAAUUUGCCCAGCCUCCAGAAGCCCUGCCCCUCCACCCUGCUGCAGCAGCACAUGGCAGACCUGUUGCGGGAGGGGCCUGACGUGGCACCCAGCUUCCUCAACAGCGUCCUCAACCAGCUCAACUGGGCCUUCUCUGAGUUCAUCGGCAUGAUCCAGGAGAUCCAGCAGGCUGCUGAACGCCUGGAGAGGAACUUUGUGGACAGCCGGCAGCUCAAGGUAUGCGCCACCUGCUUCGACCUCUCGGUCAGCUUGCUGCGUGUCUUGGAGAUGACCAUCACGCUGGUGCCCGAGAUAUUCCUCGACUGGGCCCAGCCUACCUCUGAGAUGCUGCUGCGGCGUCUCGCACAGCUGCUGAACCAGGUGCUGAACCGGGUGACAGCUGAGAGGAACCUCUUUGACCGCGUGGUCACCCUGCGGCUGCCUGGCCUGGAGACCGUGGACCACUACCCUAUUCUGGUGGCAGUGACAGGCAUCCUGGUGCGACUCCUGGUGCACGGCUCAGCCUCAGGGCAAGAGCGAGCCACAUCAGUGCUCCUAGCUGAUCCCUGCUUCCAGCUCCGCUCCAUAUGCUAUCUGCUGGGGCAGCCAGAGCCCCCUACCCCUGGCACUGCCCUGCCUGCCCCUGACCGGAAGCACUUCUCCCUACAGAGCUACACAGAUUAUAUCAGUGUUGAGGAGCUGGCCCAGGUGGAACAGAUGUUGGCACACCUGACCUCAGCGUCUGCCCAGGCAGCAGCUGCCUCCCUGCCCACCAGUGAGGAAGACCUCUGCCCCAUCUGCUAUGCUCACCCCAUUUCUGCUGUGUUCCAGCCCUGUGGCCACAAGUCCUGCAAAGCCUGCAUCAACCAGCACCUGAUGAACAACAAGGAUUGCUUCUUCUGCAAAGCCACCAUUGUGUCUGUGGAGGACUGGGACAAGGCAGCCAAUGCAAGUGCCACUUCCUCGGCUGCCUAGCCCACACAGCAGGAACCUCCACCCUUUGAACUUAAACCCAGGCUGGGCCCUAUUCAUGAGCCCCUUGCCCUGUCCACCCCCCACCCCACCAUGUCUGACCCUCCUUGCCUGUGUGUAACCUCAUUGGCAGGGGCCCAGCCAUGCCCUAUUUGUGCCUGAGCUUGACUUUCAGUCAGGGCCACAGUGAGCAUUAAAUUAUUAUUCCAUACA